AUGUUGAUAGUGAAGUUAACACUCAAUAAUUAGUGAGAGUAUAGAUAUAAAGGGGGUCAUGCCUAGUGAUUUAGAAGAUUUAGUAUUGUUCUUGCAUUCACCUCAACCAGCGGUUGUUCAAAUUGCUUUGGAUAACUUGGUGGGGUAUUCACAAGGCCCUCAUCAACAAUUAUUCAGUUAUGAAAAUUAUGGAGCCAUUAAAGAUUUAAAAAGAAUUAGUAAAGAAAACAGUAGAACUAUGGUAAAUCAAGCAACUACUAUCUUAGCCAAUUUAUGUGAUGAUAUUACCAUGAGAAAUUUAAUAGUUGAAGAUGUGGAUUAUUUAAAAUAUUUAGUAUCUCAAAUUUCCAAUAUUAAUAAUGUUAAUGCAGAUAUUAUGUGUAUUUUAUUAACUAAUUUAGCUAAAAAUGAUGCUAUAAAUAAAAUUUUUGAUAUUACUAUUGAUCAUGAUGAAGAACAAAAGAAAAUAUUUAAAUCAGGUCAAGUUAUUGAUUCUUUAAUGGAUUGUUUUGUUAAGGGUAAUGAUAGAAAAUUAAAUAAAUAUGCAAAUUAUGAUUAUUUAGCAUAUUUCUUUGCUGAUAUUUCAAGAUUUAAUCAAGGAAGAGAUUAUUUUAUUACAGAACAAGAAUAUGAUGGUGUUGUACCUAUUUCUAAAUUAUUAGUUUUCACUGAAAAAUAUGAUACAAAAAUUAGAAGAGAAGGGGUUGCAUCAACUAUAAAGAAUUCCUUAUUUAAUUCUAAUGUUCAUUGGAAAUUAAUAUCUGAUGAAAAGAUAAACUUAUUACCUUACAUUUUAUUACCUAUUGCUGGUCCUGAAGAAAUAGAUGAAGAAGAUAUGUUUAAUUUACCUGAUGAAUUACAAUUAUUACCUUCUGAUAAGAAAAGAGAUCCCAGUAUCCCUAUUAUUUGUACUCAUUUAGAAUCAUUAUUACUUUUAUGUACUACCAGAAAAUUAAGAGAACACCUUAGAGAAAAGUCUGUAUAUAGUUUAAUUAAGGUAUUAGAUACUGCUGCUGAAAAGGAAGAAGUCACUGAUUUAUGUGAUAGAUUAGUUCAAAUGUUAAUGAGAGAUGAAGCUCCAAAUCAAGUAGACUAUGAUGAAGAAGAAGAAGAAGAGGAAAGUGACGAAGAAGACGAUAAGAUCGUAGAAGUUUUGUAAUAUAGUUGUAUACAUAUGAAUAAUAUCAUCAAAUU